CAUUACGUAGCUCAUUUACGCACGUGACGUCUUCUUCGUGAACAGGAAGUCGUGUAGCCACUGUCCAAGAUGGCUGGAUUGAUCAAAAAGAGUACAGGUUUGGUAGGCCUGGCGGUAGCCAAGAAUCCUCAAGAGCAACUGAGGAUUAUCUACACCAAGACCUUGGCUGCUCUUCAAGUCAUUCCUCAGGAUGCAGCGUACAGAAAGUACACAGAGCAAAUUAUCAACUCCAAGCUGGAAAUGGUUAAAACGGAGCAUGAUCUUGGAAAGUUGCAGCAGAGGCUCAAUGGAGGCCAGCUAGAGGAAGUUAUUUCCCAGGCCGAACAUGAGCUGUCUUUGACUAGGAAGAUGGCAAUAUGGAAGCCAUGGGAGCCACUAAUUGAGGAACCACCUGCAAAUCAGUGGAAAUGGCCGAUCUAAAUAUCCUCGACUCAAGAACAGUGUUUUCAAUUUGUCUGGUUAAUCCUUACGUUGAUGUCGUUAUUUAUGUACCAAGUCACCCAAUAAACCUAUGUAAAUAUAUGUAAA